UUCUACUCUAUCCAUCCACUGCCUUCUUCCUUCUCUUCUCUUCUCUUCCCCGGGCUCUCUUCCUCCACGGGCUCCACUCCACGCCAUUGUAGACAAGUGAAUGGACAAGUGAUGAAAUCCCAUAAACCAGUCGGAACUUCACCUCCUAGCAGCUCCGAACCCCUCUGAAAUCAACUGGGGCUUCAGUUUUUUCCCCACGGCGGCGCCCUCCCACAUCGCUUCACCUGACAUGGCUGCUCAGGCUCAAUCGCUCUCCGUACUUCCAAUUUCAGCUUCCACCUCUCAAUCCAGCCGCAAAACCCUCCGCAGCAUCAGCAGCUUCCUGGGUUUGAAUUUGAGACAGCGCAGUCCCGUGAGCUCGUUUGUUGGGAAAGAGCUGGCGAUUGGACCUCUCAGCUCGAAGAGUUUCGCCCUGAAACGCCAACCCACCGUCGCCACGGUCCUGCUCAGCCUCCCUACUGCGAAACCGGAGCCGGCCCUUUCUGACAAACUCCCCAGAUGGUCAGCGAGGGCUAUAAAGUCCUUUGCUAUGGCAGAACUGGAGGCAAGGAAGCUCAAGUAUCCAAACACCGGCACUGAAGCACUUCUUAUGGGCAUUCUGGUCGAGGGCACCAGCCUAACUGCAAAGUUUUUGAGGAACGAUGGGAUUACACUUUUCAAGGUGCGAGAGGAAACAGUUAAUUUGCUCGGGAAAUCUGACAUGUACUUUUUCAGCCCAGAGCAUCCUCCAUUGACUGAGCAGGCUCAGAGGGCUCUUGAUUGGGCUGUUGAUGAAAAGUUGAAGUCAGGUAAAGAUGGAGAAAUUACGACAACCCACUUGCUUCUUGGAAUUUGGUCAGAAAAAGAGUCAGCGGGCCUCAAAAUCCUGGCUUCCCUAGGUUUUAAUGAUGAAAAAGCCAAAGAACUCGCAAAAUCGAUGGAUGAUGACAUCGUUUUAAGUUACAAGUAAGAACUCAGAACAAAGGACUGAAUUUUUCCUCCGAUAGUUCCAUGAAUCUGCCAAGAAGAUGUAAUUUCGGGUUAAGUUAACCUACAUUUUAAUUGCAUUGUUGCAAGCUGUCCCCUAGUUCUAAUGCUUUCUCAAACGCAGCCGGACUAUGACAAGUCUUUGAUCCGUGGAAUUCAAACUCGGACCUUAGGUUAGAUGAUAUCCAUCUAGUGACUUUCCCUUUGAAGAUAUUUUAUACUGCAGUUUCUUGUGAUAGAUUUUCACAACUUUGCUUCCUUUCAAGGUCAGUUGCUUCCAAAGCAUAAUAAUCAGAUACAUUUGUUAGCAUAAAUUCUCCUUUUUUCCUGUCCAUUGUAGCAUUGGUAGUUCUCUGGUGAAAGAUGGGUUUCGAUUCUUUCAUUUUCAA